CAGCACUUGUAAUUCAAUAACGGCUACCAAAUUUAGGGUUUAACGACAAAACCCUUUAAACCCUUCUCUCUCUGUCUGUGAAAUCUCAGAGCUUCGAUUCGAUACCAAUGGCGGCCUUCAACUACUUCAAGAACAUGUACGACGUGGAUAUGAAGCCCCGCCUCCUUCGCACGCUCAUCAAAGAGCGCGUCCCCGACGAUAAGCACCCAUUCGAGAACCCGGCGGAGCUCUCCACCGUCGUUUCGUUGAUCAAAACCCACGGCCUCUUAUCAGAGUCCUUCAGCAAAUCCACGGACCAAAAGCUUGUCGAUAACUGGAAAUCCGCCGUCGAUUCCUGGGUCGAGCGCGUGCUCUUGCUCGUCUCUAGCAAUAUGCCAGAUAAAUGUUGGGCAGGAAUCUGCUUGCUGGGAAUGACUUGUCAAGAAUGUAGCUCUCAUCGUUUCUUGGCAUCAUACACUCUUUGGUUCCACAAGCUUCUACCUUAUAUUCAGUCACCAGGAGAUUCUCAUUUUGUAAAGGUGGCUUCUUGUGCUUCAGUAUCAGAUCUGUUUACAAGGUUGGGCGGUUUUCCAAAUAUAAAGAAGGAUGGGACUUCCCAUGCUGGGAAACUUAUACAACCAGUUUUGAAGUUAUUAAAUGAUGAUAGUUCAGAGGCUGUAUGGGAAGGAGCAAUUCAAAUGUUAUGCACUAUUAUAACUUAUUUUCCAUCCUCUGUGCAUCGUCAUUAUGACAGUGCUGAAGUUGCUAUUGCUUCAAAACUUUUGUCAGGAAAAUGCGGUGUUGAUAUGCUGAAGAAGCUUGCUCAUUGCCUAGCAUUACUGCCAAAAUCAAGAGGAGAUGAGGAUAGCUGGUCCUUAAUGAUACAGAAGAUUUUAUUAUUAUUAAAUGCGCACCUGAAUGAUGCCUUCCAAGGUCUAGAAGAAGAAGGUAAAUGUAAGGAAGCUGUUAGAUUAUUGGUUCCACCAGGAAAAGAUCUCCCCCCACCCUUGGGAGCUCAGAUAUUGUCAGGAGAAGCCUCAGACAAUUCAACAAGGAAGUCUGAGCAAUCACUGAUGUCCAGUGUCUCUAUGCUGAUGCUCUGCUGUUGUACAAUGCUUACAAGUUCAUACCCUGUGCAGGUAAAUGUUCCUGUACGAUCAUUAUUAGUCCUUGUUGAGAGAGUAUUGAUGGUGGAUGGAUCGGUGCCACACGCUUUAUCAGCCUUCAUGACUUCUAUGCAGCAAGAGCUCAUAUGUUCAGAACUUCCAGUUCUGCACUUACAUAGUUUGGAACUCCUCAUUGCAAUCAUAAAGGGUACGCGCAGUCAACUAUUACCAUAUGCUGCUUCUAUUGUGCGUCUGAUAACAGCAUAUUUCAAGCGAUGUGCAUUGCCAGAAUUGAGGAUAAAGCUCUACUCAAUCACAAGGAUAUUGCUGAUAUCCAUGGGUAUUGGGAUGGCUGUAUGUCUUGCACAGGAAGUUAUCAACAAUGCAUUUGUUGAUUUGAAUCUCAUUACUAAUGAGAGUGUUGGAGCAUCUGCUAGUACUAACCUGAAGGCCUCUUCUGAAGCAUUGCUGCAGCCAUGCCAUAGAAAAAGGAAACAUGGUACUUCAACUGGAUAUCCUGAGGAACAGCAUGACCAUAGUGGUUUGCCAGUUGCAGCCCCUAAGGUCCAUGCAAUAUCUCCAAUUUCUGUGAAGAUAGCUGCACUUGAGGCAUUAGAAGCACUUCUCACUGUGGGUGGUUCUUUGAGAUCUGAAUCUUGGCGAUCAGAUGUUGAUCUGCUUUUGAUAAAAACAGCAACAAAUUCUUUGAAAUGGGGAUGGGCCAGUGAGGAGAAGAACAUUUUCCAGCAGAAUGAACCUACUGGAAUAUGGGUAGAUUUUCAGCUUGCAGCAUUGCGUGCACUUUUGUCAUCUCUUCUUUCCUCAGUUCGUGUCCGCCCCCCGUAUUUAAGCCAGGGUCUUGAACUUUUUCGUAGAGGCAAGCAAGAAACUGGAACAAAACUUGCUGAAUUCUGUGCUCAUGCUCUUUUAGCCUUGGAGGUGCUUAUACAUCCCAGAGCCCUUCCACUUACCGAUUUCUCCCCAACUAGUUGCUACUCUGAACAAGUUAAAUUUUCUGGAAGUAUGUAUUCUGGUGGUCUGAACCAUGGUGGACCAUUUACAAGUGGCAUACAGGGUAUAAGGGACAAUAUUUCAGACUUGGAUCAUGAUGACCUGUAUGAAAGCUGGCUGGAGAAUGGCAAAGAAACUGCGGAUAUAAUGUAUACUGAAGAGCCUAUGUUUGGAGGUGAGGAAAACCUUAAUGUGGAGGGUUUAUCUGGUACAAAAGUUCCAGAGGAAAAGGGGCUGGAGCCAGAUGCUACUAAUGUAAAUGUGAGGAUGGAAGGCAAUGAGGAUGAGAUUAUGGUUGAGACUGACCAAUCUCAUGAAUCCGCAGCACAAGUUCAGGAACCCGUUUCAGCCAGAGGCACCACAGUUGGUGCUUUGGGCACAGAGGUUGCAUCAGAUCAUGCAGGUAAUGUAUUUACAUCAGGCCAGGAUGUCUUGGUAGCUAAAGGCGAUGGAUUUGUGAAUACUGAUGCUGCAAUAGCAAUUUCUGAGAAAAUUACAGGAGAUGGGUUAGAUUUUGAUGGUCCUGAAAUUCUUUGGGGAAAUUCAGAGUCUGACGAUGAAUAAGCUGGGGCCUUUGUUGAUUUAUUUUAGGAAUAUUAAAAGGGAUGAGUAAAAGAUUAGUGUAUUUGUAUUCAGCAGAAGUUUCAAGAACCUAGAUACUAGAUUGUAGCUAAUUAGCCUCAGCUCAAAUGUCAUUCCCUUCUUUUGUAAUUCCCUUCUCUUGUAAGACUAAGUGGAAGGUGACUUUGUGGGUUUAAAGACUCACUGAGUAUGCCAAUAGUUUAUACCCAAAAAAAAAAAAAAUUCCUAAAUUGUCAUUUUAUGUAAUUCAUUAGUCUAUAUAAUUCAGGUUAGAAAAAAACACAUUUUUAACAUUUAUAUAAUUUAAUUACUUUACAACCAAAAGCAAGUUCUAUGUAAUUUA